AUGGCUGCCAGACAAAGAAUCCUGUUCCUAAAUCACCUGGGGCAACGGCAGCGCCGCCGCCGCCGUUCUGUCAUCACCUACAUGAAUGCGUUCAUCCGCCAAACUUUCGAUCCCCUUGACAUAUUUCCUGAUGAAGUCAUCAUUAGGAAGUACCGUCUUAGUCGGGGACAGAUUAUGGAGCUGCUGAAUGCUGUUCACCCUCAUUUGGUAAGACCCAUAGGGCGCAGCUUUGCCCUCACACCAGCAGUACAGUUACUGGCAGCACUUCGCUUCUAUGCCACGGGCAGUUAUUUUGAGGUCCUGGGUGAGGGUCUGGGCCUCAGCAAGGCGUCCUUAAGUAGGGCUGUGACAGCGGUGACCAAUGCGCUGCUGUUGCACUUUGCUCACAGGAUGUCCUUUCCAGCAACCCCUGAUGAAAUCCGUCGGGUUAAUCAGGGGUUUUAUAACAUCGCUGGGCUGCCAAGGGUCAUAGGUGCCAUCGAUGGGACCCUCAUCAAAAUCGACCAUCCCUCCGCCAACGGACAGAGGUACGUUUGCCGUAAAGGCUUUAGUGCCCUCAAUGUCCUAGUUGUGUGUGAUGCCGGUGGCACCUUCCUUGAUGUGGUUGCAAAAUCGCCUGGGAACACUCAUGACUCCUUCAUGUGGUCAAACAGUGGACUGUGCCAGGCAGCCGAAAAUGAUGCUUUUAGAGGUUGUUGGCUCCUUGGGGACAGUGGCUUUCCACUGCACCCCUUCCUGCUGACUCCAUACCCUAAUGCUGAUUCGGUACCAAAGGCACAGUAUAACAGAAACCACGCGCAGACACGGUCAGUUGUGGAGAGGGCCAUAGGGAUGUGGAAGCAGCGCUUCCGGUGCCUCAGCAGGGGUGCUGGAGGGUUGCAACUGCAGCCCCGUAAGAGUUGUGCAGUGAUUGUUGUCACAGCACUACUGCACAACAUGGCUCUCAGGGAUAACGUCCAACUGCCCGAGGAGGAGGAGGAGUUGCCCCAGGAUCAGGAUGCAGAAGACGAAGUUGCUGACCAGGACAUGGACUAUGCCGCAGGCCGCCAGGUCAGAGAUGACCUGGUGGCCAACCUUUAUGGCCCCCCUUAG